CCGCAAUUGGCACCUCCUGUCGGAUCUUUGGCAGACUGGGAGACGUGCAUCAGCUGGACACAUAGCGUUAGCAAGUAUGCAGUGCACCAGCGCUUGCACGGCGGCGGCCCCCGCCCAGCUCCAGAGGCCCGGCAAGUCCCGGAGUGGCUUUUCAGCGUCAAUGCGCGGCACCGCACUGGCCCAGCAGCACACGGCUGCCCGGGGGCCCGGCAGCAGCAGCCGGGGCGCGCUGCGGGUGCAGGCCCGCGACUUCCCCAAGCCCGACUUCGAGGGGGAGAAGAGCUUCCAGGAGAUGGCCGCCAUCUCGGCCGCCGUCAAGGCGGCGCCCCGCCCCAAGGAGCCGCUGACGGUCGUGAUUGCCGGCGCCGGCCUGGCGGGCCUCUCCACCGCCAAGUACCUGGUGGAUGCCGGCCACAAGCCCAUCGUGCUGGAGAGCAGGGACGUGCUGGGCGGCAAGGUGGCUGCCUGGAAGGACGAGGACGGCGACUGGUAUGAGACGGGGCUGCACAUCUUCUUCGGCGCCUACCCCAACCUCAUGAACCUGUUCAAGGAGCUCGACAUCGAGGACAGGCUGCAGUGGAAGGAGCACAGCAUGAUCUUUGCGGUGCCCGAGGCCCCCGGCGAGUUCUCCCGCUUUGACUUCCCCGACCUGCCCGCCCCCCUCAACGGCAUCAUCGCCAUCCUGCGCAACAACCAGGCGCGGACGGAUGCCGGCCGGGGCAGGGCCACGGCGGGCAUGCUGACGUGGCCCGAGAAGAUCCAGUUUGCGCUGGGCCUGCUGCCCGCCAUCGUGUACGGCCAGCCGUACGUGGAGGCGCAGGACGACAAGACGGUGACGGAGUGGAUGCGGCAGCAGGGGGUGCCCGCCCGCGUCAACGACGAGGUCUUCAUCGCCAUGGCCAAGGCCCUCAACUUCAUCGACCCAGACGAGCUGUCCAUGAUCUGCGUGCUCAUCGCGCUCAACAGGUUUCUGCAGGAGAAGCACGGCAGCAAGAUGGCCUUUUUGGACGGCUGCCCGCCGGAGCGCCUGUGCCAGCCCAUUGUCGACUACAUCACGGCGCGCGGCGGCGAGGUGCGCAUGAAGUCUGGCAUCAAGGACAUCGAGCUGAACGAGGAUGGAACAGUCAAGCAGUACAACCUGCUCAGCGGCGACUCCAUCACCGCUGACCUCUACGUGUCCGCCAUGCCCGUGGACAUUGUGAAGAAGCUGAUGCCGGCGCCCUGGUACCAAAUGGACUUCUUCAAGCGGCUAGACAAGCUGGUGGGCGUGCCGGUGAUCAACAUCCACAUCUGGUUUGACCGCAAGCUCACCACAGUCGACCACCUGCUGUUCAGCCGCUCCCCGCUGCUGUCGGUGUACGCUGACAUGUCCACCACCUGCCGCGAGUACUACGACACCGAGAAGAGCAUGCUGGAGCUGGUGUUUGCUCCCGCCGAGAAGUGGAUUGGGCGGCCCGACGAGGAGAUCAUCGAGGCCACCAUGAAGGAGCUGGAGCGUUUGUUCCCCACCGAGAUAGCGGCUGACGGCAGCAAGGCCGCCAUCCGCAAGUACAAGGUGGUGAAGACGCCGCUGUCGGUGUACAAGACGGUGCCCGACUGCGAGCCUUGCCGCCCCACGCAGCGCACCCCGCUGCGCAACUUCUACCUGGCGGGAGACUACACCAAGCAGCGCUACCUGGCAUCCAUGGAGGGGGCCACCUUCAGCGGCAAGCUCUGCGCGCAGGCCAUCGCAGAGGACUGGAACACCUCCAGCGUGAAGCCCAGCCAGCCCGCCAAGGAGCCAGCCAUGGUGUGAGCUGCGGGCGCGGCCCCACCGCCGCCCCUUCACUGAACUUGCUUCCCUGCUGACCCGUCUGGAUCCCGCUGCUGCUGCGUCCCCCCCUGCUGUCCGUCCCGUUUUUGGAACCUCCCUGCGCGGCUACGCUAUGCCGCGCAUCGGAAACCCUCCCCCUCUCCUCCCUGCUCCCCAUUUCAUUUACGCUCCCUUGCACGCCGUGGCUGCUACUAGCCACCCUCUCUCCGCCAUGUAACCGGCAUUAUGCC